AUGGAGUACACGUCAUCCCCGAAACCGCAGCUCUCAUCCCGGGCAAACGCUUUCUCCAUAGCCGCCCUGAUGUCCAGCGGAAAGCCCAAUAAGGACAAAGAGACGGAGGAGAACACCAUCAAGCCUCUCGAACAAUUUGUGGAAAAGUCCUCGUGCAACCAGCAGUCCCUCGCGGACCUGUCCUCCCUGGACGGGCACGGGGACUUCAGCGGGAGCGCGCCCGCAGUGUGCACGGAGCCACUCAUCCCCACCAAUCCCGGCAUCCCUAGCGAGGAGAUGGCGAAGAUCUCGUGCAGCCUGGAGACCAAAGAGCUGUGGGACAAGUUUCACGAGCUCGGCACCGAGAUGAUCAUCACCAAGUCUGGAAGGAGGAUGUUCCCCACCAUCCGGGUCUCUUUCUCCGGGGUGGACCAGGACUCCAAGUACAUCGUGUUGAUGGACAUCGUCCCGGUGGAUAAUAAGCGGUACCGGUACGCCUACCACCGCUCCUCCUGGCUGGUGGCCGGAAAGGCCGACCCUCCUCUGCCCGCCAGGUUGUACGUGCACCCGGACUCACCGUUCACCGGAGAGCAGCUGAUGAAGCAGAUGGUUUCCUUCGAGAAAGUCAAACUGACGAACAACGAGCUGGACCAACACGGACAUAUCAUCCUCAACUCCAUGCACAAGUACCAGCCGCGGGUCCACAUCAUCAAGAAGAAGGACCACACCGCCUCGCUGCUCAACCUCAAGUCUGAGGAGUUCCGCACCUUCGUCUUCGUUGAGACCGUCUUCACCGCCGUCACGGCCUAUCAGAACCAGCUGAUCACCAAACUGAAGAUUGACAGCAACCCGUUCGCCAAAGGUUUCCGGGACUCGUCGCGGCUGACAGACAUGGAGAGGUACAGGGGAUUCUGGGUUCUGCACUGCUUGUUUAUCGGUCCUAAGAUACACAGGGAGGGAGUGUGUGUGUGUGUGUGUGUGAGUGUUAGAUAUCCUGCUGUACAGUGUUUAUUCAUCAUGUGUUAUCGUCUGUCUUCUUUCUUUAUUUCUUUCUUUCUUUCUGUCCUUUUGUUGUGUUUCAAUCGUUACAUCUUUAUAUUUUUCACCAUGUUCUCCUCAUUAUUUGCUUCCUUCCUUCAUUUUAUUUCUUCAUCUUUCCAUCUUGUCUUCUCUUUGAACCUUGUUCUUUCCUUCCUUCAUUGCCCCGACCCUCAAUACACUGCGGAUUCAAAACCCACCUCGUCCUCUGGCCUGGCCUCACUGCACAACUGCCUCUGCCAGUCACUUGAGGACCCGGAGGUUUGGGAGAAGCGCCGAAAAGAGAACGGACGGGGGUGGUGGUGUGGGGUGGUGGGGGCGGCACGUGGCGAGCGGGCGGCGCGCGACGGAGACCGGCGCGGGGUACUGCGGCGGUGCCGAGCCGGGGAGCCGACGGGGUCGUUGGGGGGGGCCGGGCUGUGCAGACCGGGGGGGCGACAGGUCGCCUGCGGGGCGGGAGGGGAAGAUGCUGAGAAUCUGAUCCCACCAACGCAAAACUCUUCGAGGGUAGGCGCGCCCGGCCCGCAGUCGGAACCAGGCUCAGCGUUCACCGCCUCAGACAACCUCUCCCUGAGCUCCUGGGUCACCACCACUUCGGGCUUCUCGGGCUUCCAGCACCCACAGUCCCUGUCGGCCAUGGGCACCGGUGCCGCCUCCCUGCCCCACCCCAUCCAGGGCUCCCUGCCCCCCUACAGCCGGCUGGGCAUGCCGCUGACGCCCACCGCUCUGGCUGGAACCAUGCAGGGCAGCGGGCCGUCCUUCCCGUCCUUCCAUAUGCCCCGCUACCACCACUACUUCCAGCAGGGGCCCUAUGCCGCCAUCCAGGGACUCCGCCACUCCUCCACGGUCAUGACGCCCUUUGUAUGA